GGAGCCACUUACUGAGACCGAUCGGCCAGAGGCGGCCCCAGGCGGCGGCGGCGGCGCCCGCGCACCUCGAAGGAGUCGCGAGCCACAGGGGUGCAGCCCGCCGGCCCGGGCGCUCCAGCAGGGUGGAGAUGUCUGCCCAGAGGUUAACUUCUAACAGAACCUCCCAGCAAUCCACAUCGAACUCUGACUACACCUGGGAAUAUGAGUAUUAUGAGAUUGGACCAGUUUCCUUUGAAGGACUGAAGGCCCAUAAAUAUUCAAUUGUCAUUGGAUUUUGGGUCGGCCUUGCAGUCUUUGUGAUUUUCAUGUUUUUUGUGCUGACCUUGUUGACCAAGACAGGAGCCCCGCACCAAGACAAUGGAGAGUCUUCAGAAAAGAGAUUCAGAAUGAACAGCUUUGUGUCUGACUUUGGAAGACCCCUGGAGCCAGAUAAGGUGUUUUCUCGCCAGGGCAAUGAGGAGUCCAGGUCUGUCUUUCAUUGCUACAUCAAUGAAGUGGAACGCAUAGACAGUGCCAAAGCUUGUCUCCAGACCACAGCCCUUGACAGUGAUGUUCAAUUCCAGGAAGUCAUCAGAAGCAGCGGGAGGCCAGAGGAGGAGCUGAACAGGCUCAUGAAGUUUGACCUCCCCAACUUUGUGAACACGGACCAGAACUCCUCUUUUGGAGAAGAUGAUCUUCUGAUUUCUGAACCACCCAUUGUUUUAGAAAAUAAGCCAGUGUCCCAGAUCUCACACAAAGAUCUGGACUGAGAAACAUGAGUUGUAAAGUGUGUUCCUGAAGAUGUGGGUUUUGUCUUUAUAUAGCAAAUCUCUAGCCACUAACAUUGUGUAUGUUUGUGUGUGUGAAUGUGUCUCUCUGUGGUAUGUGUAUGGUGGGGGAAGAUAAGGGAGCUGGUUAAGCAGAGCAAAUAAUGCAGUUUUUUAUGCCUUUAAACAAAUUUUUUUUUUUUUUUUAGGAAUAUUUAUACUA